GGUGGGGGUAGGGGGUGGGGCAGGACGCCGAUAUGCUGAACGCCCAGCAGCAGUUGGUCAGGAUCACAUCAAGAAGAACCAAGCCGGACCUAAGGCCUCAGGCUCCAGGGACAUCAGUGGAGCUGCUCAAGCUUCUGUCAAGGAUCCCUCGGGCAGAGCAAGGUGCCCUGGCUAGCGGUGAUGUUGGACCAAGUCAGGCCCAGCCAAGGCGGUCUCAGAGCACAGGGCAGAGGUCAAAGAAGGACUGCAAGCCCCGAGGGCGGACCAAGAAAGGAAGCUCCGCAGAAAAGCCCUUUCCCGGCGCUCCUCGGGAACCCUCCUUCCCGUUCCAGUGGGCCUGGGAGAGCCUCAUCACGGAGGGCCGGGCUCUGCUUCAGCCCAGCUCGCUCGCGGCCCCGGGCCCUGAGGCCCAGGCCCCGAGCCCUGCCGUCCCGCAGCUCAAGUCCAGGAGCAAGUGCGCAGCCAGCCUCCCAGGGCCGCUAGGGACCUGCGGCGGCGGCGCCCCGCUCUUUCCCAGCAAAGGGGAGAACCAAGGGCCGGAGCCGUCGGGCCAGUACAGCCCCCAGCUGCCAGGCAGGGGCUCGGGCUCGGGCUCGGAGACCAGCGAGGCUCCCGAGCCGGACGGCGGCAGCGCUGAAGAGACGGGGCGGGCUGUGAGCCCCGGGGAGCGGCCUCCGCGGGCCCCCGGCCGCCGGCUCCUGCAGGAGGAGCGCGCCUCCGAGGCCUCUGCGGGAGCCGAGGAGCGGGAGCACAGCGCCCCUCUCAGGAGGAAGAGCGGUGCUCGGAGGAAGGGGCCGAUUUCGGGCGAGGAGGCCUUGGGAGAGGAGGAGCUGCAGGGCUCCCACAGCGCCAGAGCGCCGCAGAGGGCCAGGUCCAGGACCCGGGAGCUGGAGGAGCCGUGGGCCCAGGAGAAGCUGCACCGGCAGUUACGGCCAGAGAGCUGUGACCCGCAAAAGCAAACCUGGAAGACAUUGCGGCAGGGUGCCGUCCAGACCUCCAACAGGAGAGGGAAGGCCCGUGCCAGGGGAGAUGAUGAAACCUCCAUGUCUGCCAACUUUCCUAACCGCACAUUCCACAAACGACAGGAGGCUACUAGGAGCCUGCUUCAGGCCUGGGAGCGGCAGCAGCAGGAGGACCUGCAGCAGGCUGAGCUGCGCAGGGCCCGGGAGCAGCGCAUUCAGCAGCAGGUGGCCCGCUGCCUGGCUGCCUACAUGCCCCGCAGGAGCCAGGGGUCCUGGGCCAUGCAACGCAAGCUGGAGGAACUGAGGCGCCAGGAGCGACAGCGCUUAGCUGAGUACCAGGCAGAGUUGCAGGGCAUCCAGCACCGGGUGCAGGCCCGGCCUUUCCUGUUUCAGCAGGCCAUGCAGGCCAAUGCCCGGCUCAGUGUGACCCGGCGCUUUGCCCAGGUGCUGUCAGCACUGGGAGUGGAUGAAGAGAAGCUUCUGGCUGAGGCAGGAAAAGGAGACACAGAGGGCACCGUGAGGAAACACAGACUGCAGAAUAACCUGGUACAGAGCAGGAAUAACGAAGCCUACUUUGCAAGAAGGAAAAUGAAGCUCAAGGAAGGGACAUCACUUGCCCAGGGCCACACAGUGAGCCAGCAUGGGAGCUGGAUUUGAAACUGAAGAGUCCGUGGUUCCCUUAGUCACUGGGUGGGGAGCUGUGGAGCCCACUGGUCUCUGUCUAUGUC